AUAUUUGCAUGUUAUUUUAUUCUUCGUAAAUUUUUUUAUUCUUUGGCGCAUUUGCGCGAGAUAUAUUCUCGUAUACAUUUGUUACUUUUGCUUACUUAUUUAACAGAAUGUGUAUAUAUGGUUUCUUUGCAUCGGACUAUAGGUAUUAUUUGUCUAUGGAAGGCCCGCGUUGGUCCCGUUUAGUCAUAAGUGUUUAUAAUUGCAAAUGACCUACUCAUGGCACGGGUGGCUUCACGCAAAUAAGCAGAAGAUUACCGUGGGGGAGUUGAACCACCUCGAAUCUGCCAUCUCACACCACUGAGCGAGGUGGAAUUGAACCACUAUGACUUCAUCGACUACAAACGCAUAAACGCUUGCAUUCCGAACCGCCGCAAUCUAGUAAUCUUAAGCUUCUUAUUAACCUUUUGUCUAAUGUUAUAUUACACAUUUUUUAUAUCUGUGUCGCAUUUCCAUUUUCUGCGAUUGUUUCUUUUUUAAAAAGAGGCUUUUGUUUCCCCUUGAUUUGUCUGUUUGCUAUGAACAGAGUAUCGCCACUAUUAUAUUCUUUGGGUGGCGAGCGUUUUGAAUUGAUCCUUGCAUUUCUCACUUCUUGCUCAUGUAGUAACAAAGCUUUGAUAUUCUCGUGCGUUUGAUCCCUAAAGUCCCUUAAGCCUUGGUAGUUUACCCUAGCUGUUCUGUUAAAGAAUAUAUGUGGCCACUCCGAAUUAUAAAACGUUCAUACUGGCAGCAUUUUCAUGUGCACAGAAAGUGUCAUCUCAUUUUCUUUUGAGUUGACGUUUGCCUCUUCCGGUUGGGUGCUUGCGACUUCUUCCCUUUUUUCUUUGGACAUCAAAACCGACUAGACGUAAUUAUCAAUUAAGAGAAUUUAACUGGUUAUUAUUGUAAUUAUACUCAAAGAUAAUACAAAGCAAAGAAAGUAAAUUUGUGUAGUAAAUAAAUAAAUUUGGUGACCCCGAAAAAAGGAUGAUGGGCACUGACGACGAUGCUGCCAAUCGCGACCCGAACAAUGCAGCCAUUAAUACGGACGUAGUUAACGCUGGCUCGCACGUGGAGGCAACUUUUGCGAUUCCUAAAAUUAACCCACCGAGUAUGGCUGAUACUCACAUUGAAUCCUAUUUCAUGUCACUAGAGUUCUGGUUUGCGGCAUCAGGGAUUAUAGCUGACUUAAAAAAAUACAACAUAGUAAUGGCGCAAGUACCACCUGCUAAAUUGUCAGAGCUGCAAAGCAUUAUUAGUGAAUUACCGACACAAAAUAAGUAUGAAUAUGUUAAGGAGAAACUUAUUAAGCAUUUUGCAGAAAGUCAGCAGCGCCGCUUGCAAAAAGUCAUCUCCGAGAUGCCACUCGGCGACUUAAAGCCUAGCCAAUUGUUCAGCAAUAUGAAACGAGUUGCUGGACAAUCCUUAAGUGAAAAUAGUUUAAUAGAUCUCUGGACAGCUCGACUCCCUGCCCAGGCACGAGCUGCAAUCAUAACGUCAGAGCAAAAAAUACUAAGAAAAGUAAAAAUCGCUGAUGAUAUAGUGGAAUCGCUCAACCUCGGCGAUACAUUUUAUCCGGAUUCCAACGUUUGAGCACUAACUAGUGAAAGAAACAACAGCGAAACCGUAUCGGCACUAGAAACCUUACAGAAGGAAAUCGCGCAAUUAUCUCAAAGACUGAAUCACUAUACAGCCGACCGUGAAUCACCACGAAACCGCGGCCGAAAACGUCCGCGUGAAUCCGUCCGUUCAAACAUGGGUGGAGAGAUGUGCUGGUACCAUCUUACCUUUGGUAAGGACGCUCGAAGCUGUCGAAAACCUUGCUGUUUUGCACAGGCUCCCAACAAGCAAUGACACACGCAGCACGUUGAAGCUGCUACUAAAAUCCGCAAGUACGCAAAAACGGCUUCAAUCAACCGCCUCAAAAUCGCGGACACUCGCAACAAUACUAAAUUUUUAAUCGACACCGGAGCUGACGUUUCGGUAAUACCGAAAUCUUUCAAGUUCUCAACCAUUAAUCCGACCAGAAUGCAACUUUUUUGCUGCUAAUGGAACAAGCAUAAAAGUACACGGCGAAACAAUGCUUACGCUCAACCUGGGCCUACGGCGACAAUUCUCGUGGAAGUUCCUCAUAGCUGACGUAAACACUUGCAUAUUGGUUGCUGAUUUCAUAAAGCAUUUUGGUCUAUUAAUUGACAUCAAACGCAAACGACUCAUAGACAAUUCAACAAGUAUU